AUGGACGCUCCACGGACUGCGUCAUCAGCCCCGACGUCCCCUUCAGUUCACGAUGCUGGAGACCAUCCGUCGAUCGCCACCGUCGGCGGUGAGAUUAAGCUUCCCCCCUUCUGGGUCAAGAAUCCCCGGGCCUGGUUCUCCCAAGUUGAGGCGCAAUUUGCACUUCGGCAUAUUUUGUCCCAACUUACCAAGUACCUCAACGUUGUGUCCGCGCUGCCCAUGGAGAUCGCCGACCAGGUUGAUUACCUCUUGGCUUCACCACCGCCUGACAACCCCUACGAUCGGCUGAAGGAGGCUAUUCUUUGCCGCACUGAAUGCACCGAGCAAUCCCGGCUUCGCCAACUUCUAUCCGAGGAAGAACUGGGCGAUCGGCGGCCAACCCAAUUACUGCACCGCAUGAAGCAGCUCCUCGGAGACUCGGCUGAUACUCAGCCCUCGAUCCUGCGGGAGCUCUUCCUCCAGCGGCUCCCACAGUAA